UAGCCGAGGACAGGCAGCGGGGGUGGGGGAUGUGAAGGUGGGAGGCGAGCCAUAGAGCGUCCACCCCUAGCGAAAUUAGGCACCUGGAAGUUUACCUUUUCCCGCAAAACGAACCCUUUCGGGUGCCAGCCCGGGGCGGCGCUGAGGUUGGGGAUGGAAAAGGGCAAAGGAGUCGGCCCUGGCUAAAUACCUCCCUUCUUCCGGACCACCAUCUCCGCUUUCGAUCCCGCAACGCCCCGGGGAAGAGGAAAGUGGCAAACUCCUCCCUCCGCCCGGUGGGAACCGGCGAGGGUCAGAAAGAGGGGUACGCGCCUCUCUCGGCCUAAAGCCCUGACCUGGGUGUUUUCUCUGCCUCCCGGACCACGGCCUGGAGCUGGGGAGCCCUUCCUGCUGCCCCUGCCCUCACCUCGGAGUCGUGUAGACCUGGCUCCCUCGCUGAUGGACCUGGGGACACCUAUACGCCUUCCUCCUUGUCCUCCUGAUGGUCCUGACAAGUGGGUGGUGACAGGCUUGUCUUCACUGCCUGCUGAACCUCCGAGCUUGAUUUUUUUCAGCUCUUUUCUCCCAGGCGGGGUCAGGUUCAUUCUCUCAGUCAUUGUGGCAACAGAUGCAGGCCUGAUUCUCAGCGAUGGGGUGAUGAGCAAGCAGAGCUUCCACUCUAGGGUGGGGGUGAAGGUAGAGGAAGACAGGACAAAAUAAAAUAAUUUCAGGUUCUGGGAGUGCCCGAAGAAAGGAAAACGUGCAGGGCGUGGAGUAGGGGGAUGCUGUCUUGGAUAAAAUGGUCAGGGAGGGCCUCUCUCAAGUGUUCCGGGACUGAGGGGGCAGCAGGGGUGAAGGUAUGCGUGAAAGAAGAGCCGUGUGCUUGCAGCAGGGCCUGGCCACCCCUCCCACAGAAUGCCUGAGGGCCCUGAAUUGCACCUGGCGAGCCACUUUGUGAAUGAGGAAUGCCGGGGGCUGGUGUUCAGCGGGUGCGUGGAGAAGUCACCUGUCAGCCGCAACCCGGAGGUGCCCUUUGAGAGCAGUGCCUACCACAUCUCAGCCUUAGCCCGUGGCAAGGAGCUGCGCCUGAUACUGAGCCCCCUGCCUGGGGCCCAGCCCCCACGGGAGCCACUGGCCCUUGUCUUCCGCUUCGGCAUGACUGGCUCCUUCCAGCUGGCCCCCAGCGACGUGCUGCCGCCCCACGCCCACCUGCGCUUUUACACAGCUCCACCUGGCCCCCGACUCGCCCUCUGCUUUGUGGACGUCCGUCGCUUCGGCCACUGGGAGCUUGGGGGCGAGUGGCAGCCAGGCCGCGGGCCGUGUGUCUUGCUGGAGUAUGAGCAGUUCAGGGAGAACGUCUUACGAAACCUGGCAGACAAGGCCUUCGACCGGCCCAUUUGUGAGGCCCUCUUGGACCAGCGGUUCUUCAAUGGCAUUGGCAACUAUCUGCGGGCAGAGAUCCUGCACCGGCUGAGGAUACCCCCCUUCGAGAAGGCCCGCACGGUUCUGGAGGCACUGCAGCAGCGCAGGCCGAGCCCAGAACUGACCCUGAGCCAGAAGAUCAAGGCCAAGCUGCAGAACCCAGACCUGCUGGAGCUGUGCCACUCAGUGCCUAAGGAAGUGGUCCAGCUGGGGGGCAAAGGCUACGGGCCGGAGAGCGGAGAGGAGGACUUUGCUGCCUUCCGAGCCUGGCUGCGGUGUUAUGGCAUGCCAGGCAUGAGCUCCCUGCGGGACCGGAAUGGCCGCACCAUCUGGUUCCAGGGGGAUCCUGGACCCCUGGCACCUAAAGGGGGCAAGUCCCGCAAGAAGAAAUCCAAGGGAGUGCGGCAGGGUCCUGAGGACAGAGUGGAGGACCCUCCACCUCCAAACAAGUCCCCUUCAAAGACACGCAGGGCACGGAGAGGCCUUCCUGAGCAGACUACAGCCCAGCAACCCAAGGGGCCCAGCCUCCAACAGGACCCAGAAGUGCCCCCAGUCCCUGAGAAAGGGAAAAGGAGGAGACGACCAGCAACCUCAGGCCGCCAUCGACCCCAAAAAGUCAAGGCUCACACCCCAUCCUUGGAGCCUGAGGGGACCUCGGCCUCUUAGCAGAAGGGAGGCUUGCUUGCAUCCACCCUUUCCCACUGCCUUGCCCUGGAUCUGGGAGCCUGUGUGGCUUCCUAGAAUUUGCAGGGGACUGGAUGCCCCUGGCCCUCUGGCUGUUUCCUGCACAACUAUGAUGUUUUAAAUUGUACCCCACCUUCUCCAUUUUUUUAAGCCACGUGGAAAAUGCUGUAAUUUCCUAUAAACUGAUAAAGUUGAAUUUCUUGGCA